AUGUCCUCAUUGUCCUCAGUCUCAAUAAAUUUGGCAUGGCAUGGCAGAUUUACCGAGCACAGAACGCGUUGCAUCAUUUAUUUUUAAUUUCCUUGUUGGUUAUUUUUGUGUUAAGUUGCUUUUGAAGUUAGGAAAGAGAAAAAUGUGUUAAUAGUUUAGAAAUAUUAUAUAUAGACCGAAAUUAGUACUAGGAAUCCCAAUUAUAGCUUUUCGAAUUUCAUUCUAUCCUAAAACUAUAGGUUUUACGAACGAAGCGGAAAAUCUACACAAUUUCCAAAAAUGUAUCGUACCUUAGCUAGAAUUCUGGAACCUAUCAGAAAUCAGUUGUCGAGGAAGGCACGACUGGGGAGUGCAACUAAUGGCGGUAACGCAUUCGAACGGAACAGCAUUUCCAAGGAGCAACAGCUGUCUGAAAUUCUAAAGCGUUCACUGCCUGGCAUCACAUAUGUCAGUGUAGAAGACAUAUCUGGGGGUUGUGGUGCUAUGUUUGAGAUUAAUGUAGAAGCCAAAGAAUUCUCUGGCUUAUCUCGAGUCAAGCAGCACCGAUUGGUAACCGAGUCAUUGAAGAGUGAGAUAGCAGAAAUGCAUGGCAUACGUAUUCACACUACAGUACCAGCAGCUGGUGGUAAAUGACAAUGUUUGUAAUACUACCUGUGGUAAUUGUGUUAGGUUCCGGCAAAACGAAACAAGCAUAAUCUUUAAUUGUGCUCACUGGUAGUUUAGACUAUGAAGCAAUGUUGAUUUUUGUUAGAUAUUUAUUGUUAUAGUUUUACGAUAAUGAGUUGUUAUUUGACUUUGGUAUAGCCAAGUUAUAAUAAUAAUAUUAUGAAAAAGAUUGUAAUAAAUAGAUACAACAAGAAA